AGCACUUCCUUAAAAACAGCUACUUAAUGCAACUCUGCCAGUGAGCUCUUGACAGUUCUGUCUUGCCCAUUCUGGUAUUAAUGAAACAGCUUGGUAAAGAGUUGAAGUAUCUUCCUGUGGCUUGAUGUCAGAUUUCAGUUGCCAGACCAGCAGGCUAUAGCUGAGAAAAGCACCAAAUCCUAACCACUAGACCACCAGGGAACUCCUUAAUUUUGUUUUUUACUUAUUAGUCUUUUUUUAGAAUUGUCAGUUUAUGAAUGAAGCAUGGCUUGUGUUGAACAAGACAAGCUGGGUCAAGCAUUUGAAGAUGCUUUCGAAGUACUGAGGCAGCAUUCAACAGGAGAUCUUCAGUACUCCUCAGAUUACAAAAAUUACCUGGCUUUCAUCAACCACUGUUCUCAUGUCAGAGGAAACUCCAAUAGCUAUGGUGUGCUGCCCACAGAGGAACCGGUCUAUAACUGGAGAACUGUAAUAAACGGUGCUGCGGACCUCUAUUUUGAAGGAAAUAUUCAUCAGUCUCUGCAGAACAUCCCUGAAAACCAACUGGUACAACCUGCUGUUCUUCAGCAAAAGGGAGGAAAAGGCAGGAAGAAGCUCCGACUGUUUGAAUACCUUCAUGAAUCCCUGUGCAAUCCAGAGAUGGCAUCGUGUAUUCAGUGGAUAGACCAGACCAAAGGCAUCUUUCAGUUCGUAUCAAAAAACAAAGAAAAACUUGCCCAACUUUGGGGGAAAAGAAAAGGCAACCGGAAGACCAUGACUUACCAGAAAAUGGCCAGAGCAUUGAGGAAUUAUGGAAGAACUGGGGAAAUCAUCAAAAUCCGGAGAAAAUUAACUUACCAGUUCAGUGAGGCCAUUCUCCAAAGACUUUCUCCAUCAUAUUUCUUAGAAAAAGAAUUCUUCUACUCACAGUAUGUUCAACCUGAUCAAGGAUAUCUCAGCUUAAAUAACUGGAAUGCAGAUUAUAAUUGUGCAUAUGCCAAUUACCAUGAGCUAAGUCAUGCUGAUUGCUAAAUAUACUCUUACAUUUCAUAAUUUUCUGGCAUCAGAAAUACUUGCAAAUUUUAGGAUUUUUCUCUGAAAGCAAAUGCUGCAGGAAAAAAAAAAACUUCAUUAUUGCUCUCUUUUAUGAAGUAGGGUAUAAUCUAUACUAACUUGGUGAGAAAUUUUGCCAGUCAGCAAAUUUAAAAUGAUCAAGUCCCAUUUGGAAAUACGCAUAAAUGUCCUUCCUCUUACUAUUGUCUAUGCAGUACUUCUAGAUUAAUAAUACCAGUAGAGAUGACUUGAUUUAUAUAUUGGUUUAAACAUUAUUUUACUGUCACAUAUUCAGAC